GCCCAUUGGCACAGCAGCAGGGGCAGGAGGACCACAAAGGGGAGGGCCGAACGGGCCCCCUCUCCUGCCAGCAGCAGAAGAUGUGUACUCCUCAGAGCGGGGACUGUGUGUUGAACGAGCUCCGAGUCCAGGGCCAGAGCGGUCUACUGUAAUUAUCAGGUGCUGUGAGCAGCUCCUGUCCCAACUGGACGUCGACGGGCCUCUCCAUCUGAAGUGCGGCAGCCGGGAGAAGAACCCUUGUGGCUCUGUCGAGCGUGGAGUCCCCCCCCCCCGAGAGGCAAAGAGAAACAUGGACACGUGCGUCUGCGCUUUGGAGCUGCUGGGGAUGCUGGUCUACGUUGGAGCGUGGCUGUGCGCUUUAGCCACCACUAUCUUGCCGCAGUGGCUCACCAUGUCCACUGCGCUGCUGCCGGUGGAGAGCUACGAGCUGGGCCUGUGGGAGACCUGUGUGGUCCAGGACGUCGGAGGGAUGGAGUGCAGGGCCUACGACAGCCUGCUGGGCCUUUCCAGCGACCUCAAGCUGGCCCGCAUCUUCAUGUGCACUGCCCUCACUGUGGGCAUGCUGGGAAUUCUGGUGGCCGUACCCGGACUUUACCUGGUCAACAGCUGUAAGGAGCGCGGCGGCUUUCGAAGCAAGAGGACUUUAAUUGUCACAGGAGGGGUGCUGGCGAUGAUUUCUGGAGUGCUGUGUCUAAUCCCUGUGUCCUACACGGCCCACUUGGCGGUGAUACACUUCUUCGACGACACGGUGCCCGACGUGGUGCCCCGGUGGGAGUUUGGAGACGCACUGUUCUCUGGCUGGGCGGCAGGGUUCCUCCUCAUAGUGGCCGGGGUGCUCUUGGUGAGCUCUAGCUCGUGCUCUCAGGUGGACGCGCAGCCGGCGCUGCAGCGCACGUUCCACGUGAUGGGCGCAGACGUUCACCACAGGAAGCGCUCAGAGUACGUUUAAUGGAUAGAGACUGACGGCACGGCACAAUCACCCGUAGAGGAGAAAUAUCUGGUUUUAUAUCGAUGACGACACACUGUAUCUUAGUUGCUUUAUCAAAAAAAAAAGAAAAAGAAGGACAAUGACACUUUGUUUCAGCUAAUUUAAAUGACUCACCUGCUGUGAUCAGUAAAAAAAAAGGAAAAAAGUAUUUUUUUUAAAGAUGUUUUAUAAAAUCCCUUUAGUAUCUUUCACUUUCUCAAACCAGGAAAUUCUACAGGACUCUUAAGCUUUUAAAAUGCUGUGAUUGUAAGUUAUUCUUAAUGCUCAACCAUAGAGAUUACAAAUUAUUCUGUGUCUUGUUAGGUUUACCUGUGAGCUGUAUUGUUCAGCAUAUUGAAAUGAUUCACAUAAAAACUUCCACUGCAAUUCUGUUGAAGAAAUGCCUUGUUUUUUUUAGUUGUUUUUUUCAAUAA